GGAUUUUUGGAAUGGUUCCAUUUGUACAUUAAGAAAAACUUUUAAUUCUUCGUGUAACAGUUACCCAGAAUGUAUGGAAUCGUUAGAAUGCAAAGAGGAUAAAUGUCAAUGUAGAGAUACCGAUUAUUGGAAUGGCAGUUACUGUGUUAUAAAAAGGUUUCCAGGAAUGACAUGCAGUGCACAGUUUAAAUGUAGAACAGAAUUGCCCUGUCUUGAUAGUACUUGUCAUUGUCCUGAUACAGAAUUUCUUAAAGAACACAAAUGUUUACCAAAGAAAGUUGAAAAUUCGGUUUGCCAGACUACGGCAGAAUGUAAAGACACGAUGACAUGCAGAAAUGGAAAAUGUAAAUGUAUAGAUUUGGAAUAUUGGAAUUCAGAGGAUGAGCAAUGUCUUUUAAAAAAAGAACUAGAUGGUGUUUUCUCUUUGUCAAUUGAAUGUCAGGACAAUCUAUAGUGUGACGAUGAUGACACGUGUGUCUGCAAAACUUCGACGUACUGGAAUGGAAUGAGUUG